ACGUUACUGUUCCCACGGCAACAGCGCCCCCUGUUGUCCGUACGGGAACCUGACCGGCCAACACCACCUAAUCGGUUUGAAGAUGGCGGAGGGUGAAUUGAACGUGGACAGCCUCAUCUCUCGGCUCCUGGAAGUACGGGGAUGUCGCCCGGGGAAGAUCGUGCAGAUGACCGAGGCGGAGGUUCGGGGCCUCUGCAUUAAAUCCAGGGAGAUCUUCCUCAGCCAGCCCAUCCUGCUGGAGCUGGAGGCGCCCCUGAAGAUCUGUGGUGACAUCCACGGCCAAUACACAGAUCUCCUGCGGCUGUUUGAGUAUGGCGGUUUCCCUCCGGAGGCCAACUACCUUUUCCUGGGAGACUACGUGGACCGAGGGAAACAGUCCCUGGAAACCAUCUGCCUUCUGCUGGCCUACAAGAUCAAAUACCCAGAGAACUUUUUCCUGCUCAGGGGCAACCACGAGUGUGCCUCCAUCAACCGCAUCUACGGCUUCUACGAUGAGUGCAAGCGCAGGUUCAACAUAAAGUUGUGGAAGACCUUCACUGACUGCUUUAACUGCCUCCCCAUUGCUGCUAUCAUUGAUGAGAAGAUCUUCUGCUGCCAUGGAGGGCUUUCGCCUGAUUUGCAGUCGAUGGAGCAGAUUCGAAGGAUCAUGAGGCCGACGGACGUCCCUGAUACAGGCCUCCUGUGUGACCUUUUGUGGUCCGACCCAGAUAAGGAUGUACAAGGUUGGGGCGAGAACGACCGCGGGGUCUCCUUCACCUUCGGAGCAGAUGUGGUCAGCAAGUUCUUAAACCGCCACGACCUGGACCUCAUCUGCAGAGCCCACCAGGUUGUGGAGGAUGGCUAUGAGUUCUUUGCCAAACGCCAACUGGUCACACUUUUCUCUGCUCCAAACUACUGCGGGGAGUUUGACAACGCCGGCGGCAUGAUGAGCGUUGAUGAAUCCCUCAUGUGCUCCUUCCAGAUCCUGAAGCCUUCAGAGAAGAAGGCCAAGUACCAGUACGGUGGUGUGAAUUCCGGUCGGCCCGUCACCCCGCCCCGCACCACCCAAGCCCCCAAGAAGAGGUGAACGUGCAGCCUUGCCUUGCCCCCCCGCCCCCCCCUCUCCCCCUGUUCGAUCCUGUUCUGCGACCACGGCAACCCCUGUAACUCCCCUGUAUAGCGAAGAUACAGGGCUUAUCUAAUUGCCCAAAUCCUUUCUCCCCACUCGCCCACCGCAUCCCCAAUUCCACUGACAGCUCUUUUCUUAAUGUGUAUGUGUACAUAAAUUUGCCGUGACCAAUCUGUUUUACUGUUCUGCUUGUGUGUCGGUAUUUUUCUAAUAUCAUUAAUAGAUUCUCUUGUUUGUGGUUUUAAUUCCGAUGCCAUUGGGGGCUUUCUGAGGAUCUGUGUCGUCUUUGUGUAGAGGGGCAAAGUGACUGUUUUUCAGUUUAACAGAUUGAACGUUCUUUUGCCUUGACCUCUCAGAAAAGCAGAGAGAAUCCUUCCAAUUGAUUUGAAUGACACCGAGAUAUCCGUGCUAAAUCCAUUGACCCAAAUAAGAUUUCCUGUAUUUGGGUUUAACAGUUCAAACUCAUUACAGCGGUGGUUGUGCAGGGACACAUUUGAUGUAUUUACACCUGAAAAAAUUGCACCUCCCCAACGAGAAGCAAAGAAUGUGAAGAGGCCGGCUUGAAUGAAGUAUAGAGGAUAAUUCGGAUGCUGCUGGCAGUGGACUCUCCCGAAACCUCCCGAAACCAAACGCCCCGUGGCCAUUGAUUCCUCCGCUGCGUUGUGCCUCCCUGUGCCUCAACAUCACAAAAGCCUGCCGCCCCCCACACAGAGCCGGUAUUGACAUUUUCCAGGUUUAAUUCACCAUUAGUUCUCAGCAAGAUCAUUUCCCUCGGUAUUAUCCUCUGGAUAUAUGGUGUACUACAAGUCCUUGAAAAAUUGUCCAUUCCUAGUGUUUGUAUGAAGAAGGAUAGAAAUUAUCUUAACAGCACUGCUUCAAUUUUGUAGUGUUUAACGUAUCUAAGUAGGCCGUACAGUGUAAAGACAACCAAAUAUUAAAAUAAGUCUAGCUUGACAUAAUGCUCCACAGUAUUUGAAUUGUUUAGAGCAGUGUUUAUAGAGUACAUAAUGAAAAGUAAAACGAAUGCUAUCUUCCUGUCGCAUCACCCAAAUCCCUUCUGGGGAAUGAAAACUGUAGGAGUUGGAGGAGCGUGGGUGGCCGGACGGACAAAGAUAGUUAUGCUAUGUGAUGCGAUGCCACCUGGUGUGUAAAUACAGUAGUACAGUACAAAUCAGAUGGGAGUUUCAAACCGCUCACAAUGUGGCUUUUCAUUGCUUCGUCGGUGCAACAUGUUGUCAUUCACCGCAGGGAGGUAUCUACAGUCUAUUGCAAAUUAGAUGCAGUUUAACCUUUUUUUUUGCUCUUUGUGUUAUUCUUUCUGUUGUAUUUCUAUGUUCUUUAUUCACAUUGCUUACUUUUUACUCACUUAAUGUAUUUCCUAACACUGGUAAUAAGGAAACGAUGAGGUGUUACCAAAAGCUGUUUUGCAAUUUGUACAAGUUUGUUUGAAAGUCUGUAAAUUCAAUAAAAUGGAUGGAAACCGAAA